AUGAACGACAACACGCCGAAUCGUGCAACUCUACCUCCCAGACGGAUAUUUGGCGCUGAUGGACCAGCUGCGGAAGCUGGAGAGCAGUCAGGCGGUGCACAGCAAGCCUCUGGCCGCCGAGCAUCCGGUCGCGUAUCGUUCUCAACUAUUCGUACCAAGCCCAGUUUCAUCGGUAGAUGGAGAGGGCAUCCUGACGAAGAAGUAGGCGCACUGACACCUGAACGACCUCCAAUCCCGAGUGCGUUGCAGCCAUCGGGGGAAGUGUAUGCUACUCCUCUCCCCGUCUUGUCUAUGAUCGUGUUGUCAAUUACUAUGCUUGGUGAAUUCUUGUCAGCGAACGUUUCCGCGCCAUUCAUAUUAUUCAUGGUUCAAGGUUUCGGUCAAUUUUCCGAUGAAGCGAGAGUUGGAUAUUGGACUGGCAUCUUAGUCUCAACAUUCUUCUUGACCCAAUUUCUCACAUCACUACUAUGGGCUACUGUAGCGGCCAAGCAUGGUCAGCGCAUCGUACUCUUUAUCUCCCUAUUCGGCAGCGCCGUAACGUGCUUCCUGUUUGGAACAUCGACAACUCUGCAACAAGCCAUAGCUAUCCGGUUGAUGCAGGGUAUCUUUGCGGGUGCUAUUGGUGUCGCUCGAGGCUGUGUCACUCUUAUUACAGAUCAAAGCAAUGAAGGCAGGGCUUAUGCAAUCCUUGGAUUCUGCUGGGGCUUUGGUGGUGUGGCAGGUGCCAUCGUGGGUGGAAGCUUUGAGUCGCCAGCGACAAAGUGGCCUUCCUUGUUCGAGAAUUUGCCAAUAUUUGCCAAGUACCCAUACCUGUUACCCUGUGCGGUCGCUGCCUCUAUUACUUUCACGGGUUCUAUUUUAUGCCUGUUCAUCGGACCUGACUGCGGUCCUCGGGAAGGUGCAAUUCGCUUGUCUCUCGAGAAGACGCCGACGAUUCCAGAAGAGGAGGAACAAACUCCGACUACGUCUUUGUUCGAAGAGACGGAGCGCCAGACUCUGUACGGCAGCCUCCGGAAUAAAGCUUCUGCGUACUUCGGCAAGCGUGAUGUCGAUACACAGGAGAGGCAGACUUCUCCGUCACUUUCACGAACCGAGCCCGUGCCGCUGGUGCCAACGCCUUCUAGGAUGAGCAAGCAGCGGACAUUCUCGCAGACUAGCAGGGUGAAUGGGUCCGCAUACGGCUACAGUGGCAGCCACAGACCGAGGCUCGGCAGCAGUGCGACGCAGCGAACGAGCAUGGCAAUGUCUAUGCGCCGCGGGAGGGAGAGUAAUGCAGAUGGCAGGCAGUCCAUAGUCGCAUCGGGAAGCGAGCUCAAUUUCGCACAGCGAUUGUUGAUGGCAAACGAGAAUGCCGUCACCAAUAUUGCCGAUCUGUGGGUCGCUGCUGCGAUAAACGCUGACAACGAAGAAGUCUUCGAGUCUGAGUCUGAGGUGGAUGAAGAAGGGGAUGAAGAAGCAGUCGCCCGAGAGGAUGAUGAGCUGGACGAGAGCGAUGUCUUCGGCACUACUCCUGCGACACAUACAAACCGCUUCUCCAGACGAGAUUCUUCCACCAUUUCUCCUCGUCUUGGUUCGAAGCAUGCAUCCAGCAGCAGACAUCCACCACUUCUUGGAUCUCCCCGUAGACCAUCCUCUUCAGGUCGUUUCUCCACGACUCGGCAUCGCUCGUCAACGUAUUCAGUCUUAUCGCCCACUGACGAGCUUUCCCCCAGACGCUAUUCAACAACAGCGGCUCCCAUUUUUACACAUGUUGGUGUGCGCACUCCACCUGCUGUCCUGGAGGCCCAACAGUUGCUCGCACAAGUGGAUGAACCUCCCGCAUCAUUAGCGCCCAUUAUGGAGUCGCGACUGGCGGGUCAUGAGCAAUACGUGGAACCAGACGUGCUUGAGAAGGAGCCAUCUUUAUAUUCGCAGUUACCUAUCCUCAUCAUCAUCCAGUAUGGUCUGCUUGCGCUGCACUCAACUACGCAUGACCAAGUAUUUUAUCUCUAUCUGGUCUCGAAAUUCCCGCUGGGUGGACUUAAUCUAGACGCGGGCCGCUUUUCACAACUUAUCGCAUUAAUGUGUCUGGCACAGAUAGCUUACCAGUUCUAUCUAUAUCCAAAUAUUGGACCCCCUAGAGGCCGUUUCUCGCAUCUCGCCAUGUUCCGCAUCGGCUCGCUCCUGUUUAUCCCAUCAUAUUUGUCGGUUAUUCUCUACCGUGAAAUGGCAAACGCUACAAGCGACGGUAACCCUAUACUUAUGUCUGCGCUUGCCUUCAGCACUGCCGUCCGAUUUUGCGGGAGUACGUUCAGCUACACUGCUGUCUCUGUGCUCCUCAACUACAUGUCCCCGCCUGCGGUUGUCGGCUAUGCGAAUGGCAUCGCACAGAGUAUUGUCAGUCUCGCACGUUUCAUUGGCCCCAUUCUCGGCGGGACCCUUUGGUCCAUGAGCGUGCAGGACGGACCUUCAGGCUAUUAUCUGGGGUUCAUUGCUUGCGCCGGCGCAUGUGCGCUUGCAGUUGCUCAUAGUUUCUUUAUCAGGUGA